AUGGAGAGAUUUUACAAUGAGAGCCAAAACCAGCAGCGGGACCAGCGCCAGGUGGUCACAGCAGGGGCGGACAGUCCCGGGCCGGGCGGCGAUCUCAGCCUCCGCGCGCUCACCGGCUGCGUCCUGUGCGUCCUGAUCGUUUCCACCCUGCUGGGAAACACGCUGGUUUGCGCCGCGGUCAUCAAGUUCCGCCACCUGCGCUCCAAAGUCACCAACUCCUUCGUCAUCUCGCUGGCGGUGUCCGACCUGUUCGUGGCGGUGCUGGUGAUGCCGUGGAGGGCGGUGUCCGAGGUGGCCGGCAUCUGGCUCUUCGGACGCUUCUGUGACACCUGGGUCGCCUUCGACAUCAUGUGCUCCACCGCGUCCAUCCUCAACCUGUGCAUCAUCAGCAUGGACCGCUACUGGGCCAUCUCCAGCCCCUUCAAGUACGAGAGCAAAAUGACACGCAGGUUCGCCUUCCUGAUGAUCGGUGUGGCGUGGACUCUCUCCAUCCUCAUCUCCUUCAUCCCUGUGCAGCUCAACUGGCACCACGCCGACAACCCAACAGCGGACAACCCAGACGACUGCAACGCCAGCCUGAACCGGACUUACGCCAUCUCUUCGUCCCUCAUCAGCUUCUACAUCCCCGUGGUGAUCAUGGUCGGGACGUACACGCGCAUUUUCCGAAUCGCACAAACCCAAAUCAGAAGGAUCUCGUCUCUGGAGAGAGCUGCAGGACCCAGGGCGUCAAUGCACGACGAAAGCUCCCUGAAAACGUCUUUUAAAAGAGAAACAAAGGUUUUAAAGACUCUGUCCAUCAUCAUGGGAGUGUUUGUGUUCUGCUGGUUGCCGUUUUUCGUCCUGAACUGCGUGGUGCCGUUCUGCCACCUGGACAAAGUCGGAGAGCCGCCGUGUGUCAGCGACACCACCUUCAGCAUCUUCGUGUGGUUCGGCUGGGCCAACUCGUCCCUGAAUCCGGUCAUUUACGCCUUCAACGCAGACUUCAGAAAGGCUUUCUCCACCAUCCUGGGCUGUAAUAAAUAUUGCUCCACCUCUACAGUGGAGACGGUGGAUUUCAGCAACGAGCUGGUGUCUUAUCACCACGACACCACCAUGCAGAAGGAGGCCUGCGCCAUGCCGGGUCCCGGGCCGCAGAGACUCGCAGCCUGCAUGCUGCCACCGCCGCACGCCGGAGCAGAUCUGGAGCAGAACUUUGACAAAGUUUCUGUCAUUUCAGAUGAUUCACUGAACCACAAGAACUUGCUGCUUCCCGCCAUCCUGCAGUACGAGUGCGAAGCAGAGAUUUCUUUGGACAUGAUGCCCUUCAACUCGUCCGGACCCACAGACUGUUACGUUAUUCCGGGUCAAAUCCGGGACCUGUGA